AUGAAUAAACUUUUGCUGGUAUUAACACUACUUCUAUGGCGCGCCGCCGCACAAGCACCUCCACCGCCGGCGGUUCCGGCCGACGGUAAGGAGUACUUAGACGCUCACAACAAAGCAAGAGCCGAAGUGGGUGUGAGUCCACUCCGGUGGAACUUUCAGCUGGCUAAAGCCACGAGCUUACUGGUCCGGUUCCAGAGAGACCGUGAAAACUGCCGCUUUGCGAAUUUAACGAGCGGGAAGUACGGCGGCAACCAGAUGUGGGCCUCCCAGGAGGUGGUGACGCCGGCGAGAGUCGUGGAAAAUUGGGUGUCGGAGAAGGCGUAUUACAGCUACGCCAACAAUUCGUGUGCGGCGAACCACCGUUGUGGGGUGUAUACGCAGGUGGUGUGGCGGCAUUCGGAGGAGCUAGGUUGUUCUCUGGCGAGAUGCGCUCAAGAUCAGUCGACUUUGGCGAUUUGCUUCUAUAAUCCACCGGGGAAUGUGAUCGGAGAAAGCCCUUAUUGAUGAUUAUGUUUAGGAGAUGCAGUAAUGAGUUGUACUCUAUUGUCCAAUAAUAAUAGUGAUGAAUCUAGCACAAUGUACAACUUUCAAUGCACCUUGUACAAUCAA